CACCAACAGAAGUGGUCACAAGAGGGUCACUCAAGUUCAGCUCACCCAAAACGCAACGCUCCCCGACCCCCUCUUUCCUCCCGGUACGACCGGGCUUCGAAGUCAGAAUGUCAAUGCUCAUUAUGCUCGCUGGGUUUGAUUUCAAGGUGCAGCGCGAACAACAAGUCUUUAGCAGCUACACAACCAGGGAGGUCAAGUAUGGAAACAACAUUGCCGUUCUUUUCCUCGGUCUCUACCACUGCCGCCAAUACGACGACCACCCAGCAUUCUGGCGGGCAAUUGCGAGGGGCAUGGGUACAAGCUUGGAGUUGAUGCGAAAAACUACCCAUACGCUCUCAGACGCCCGCAGAUUCCUCCUAGAUACCGGCAGACCUGGUAGCACGAGAUCCGAUAUUGUUGUGCGCGCUGCCGAUGCCUGGAUCGACUUUCUUUCUGCCGACCCCGCCGCGCGCCUGCGAAUUUCAACUUCGACCGACGAUUGCCAAGUAAUCAAGUUUUCCGAAAUCUAUUUCAAGAGCUUGGAGCACACCAUGGUGAACGCCUCAUCCGUCCCCACCAAAGGUCACCCUCAACUGCUCCCCAUCCGUGAUUCCACUCUCCCGGGUACCGAGUACGACCGUGACGCUUCCAGACCAGUCCCAAAACCCCAGGUCGACUCGCCAAAGCCUGCUCGCCACAUCAUGUCGCCGCCUAAGCUGUCCACCGAGACGGAGGCUCUCGCCAGCAAUGCCGACAAAAUUUCAAAUGACGGAAACCAGCGCAUCGACGCCCAAGCAUCGCUGUCGCUCAUGGCCCGAUGCGCCGAGCCGGGUAACCGGCUUGCCGUUGUGGGAAUGAAGUUGACCGAGAGCCAGGACCAGCUGAAGGCUGGCUCCCUGAAGAAUAUUGAGAGCAAAGUGAGCGAGCUCCAAGCCGAGACGAAGAAGGGCUUGGUGACGACCAUAGACUCGAUGCACGCCGUUACCGAAGCAAUGGCCAACAUGAGAGAGGAUAUAUCUGGCCCCGAUUCGAGCAUCAUCAGCACCGUAAAUGCCAUCAAAGAUGACAUACCCAACGCCCAUUCGAGCAUCAUCGAAGCCAUGAAUUCUUUGAAAAAAGACGUGUCUGGCUCUCAUUUGGGCAUUAUCGAAGCCGUAAAUGCUAUCAAAGGGGAGGUAUCCCGCCCUCAUCAGAGCAUGGUUGACGCCUUGAAUACCUUCAAUGAAGAGAUGUCUGGCUCUGAUUCGCGCGUUGUCAAGGCGCUGUUGCAGCCUAUUCAGACCAUGACAGAAACCUACAACUCGUUGCGCCACGAGGUUGCAGAGUUGAAAUCCCAGCAAUCCCAGGCCGGCGCCCAGUCUCCUGCGUCCCAGAUUCAAUCUCAGAUGGCAGAACUGCUUCAGGAGCAGAGUUUCCAGCUUAAGAAGCUAGCACAUGCUACCGCUGGCUUGGAGGACACGAAGCCGAAGCUUGUCGCUUCGCCGCCCGUUCAAUCUAUGAGAUUAACUUUCACUUACCCGGCAUCUGCUCCUUCGCCGCUGGCUAAUCCCGCCGUUGCGAAGCCGGCGCUCAGCAGAUCAGUCCCCAAGAAUCUGCUGCAGGCAAUGAAAGCAGCCGAGACAGACCUUAAACACCACGUGAAGAGUAUCCAGAAGUUCUACUACCAACUCGACAGCUCUCUACCCAACCGGCGUGCGGCGGAGAAGGCGGCGGAUCUUCUCCUCGCCCUCGAGCGGGCUCUAAAGCAUGCUGAGUCACCAGGCGGUGACUACAAGAAGGAGAUCUAA